AUGUUUCCCCCUUCAGCUCGGCCCACUCGUGGACUUGGGUUCUUGGUGAAGCUGCUGUCGGCGUUGGCAGCAUCCACCAUCGCCCACGCUCACAGUGUGAUCCAUAGGGACGUUGCCAUCAUCGGCGGUGGCGCAUCAGGAUUAUACGCUGCCCUGCGUCUGCGUCAGAUGAACCAUUCCGUCGUCGUAGUAGAGAGCAGGCCCGAGUUUGGAGGUCAUACGGCGUCAUACACCGUCCCAGGCACCAACACUCACAUCAACUACGGAGCACAGGGCUAUGGCGGGGAUGACGAGGCCAUCAAGCGCUUCUUUGGAUUCUACAACAUCCCCAUUGAGCUGGUGAAACUGAGCGAGGUGGGAUUCGGCAACACGCGCCACGUUGACUUUGCAGCGUCGACGGAGCUUCCUGACUUCCGGCCAGACAAUAACCUCACCAUAUUCUCUCAACAAGUUCACAAGUACCCGCGACUCUCAUUAGACACAAAGCUCCCAACCCCGGUCCCUGAGGACCUGACGUUGCCGUUUCGUGACUUUGUCGCCAAGUACGGCAUCCAGUCCAACAUAUACAGUCUUUUCUUUCAGACCGAGGGCCUGGGUGACCUCUUGAGUCAAACAACUUACUACGUGUUCAAGUAUCUCAACCCGGACUAUCUUGAUGGCCAGCUACCCACAUCCCCUGUGUUCUAUGUCACCAAAAAUGGGUUCAAUCAGGAGAUUUACCUGAAAGCCCAGGCCGACUUUGGCGCCGACGCACUGGUCUCCUCCAGGGUCACCAGUGCUGUCCGGAACGGCAGCGGCGUCGUUCUGACCGUCAGGACUCCUUCGGGUCAGAAGAUAAUCAGAGCCUCCAAGCUGCUGGUCACCAUGCCGCCAACCCUCGCAAACAUGCGUCAUCUUGGCCUCGACCGUCACGAGCACAACAUCUUUUCCCGUUUCCAAGCACACGGCUGGUACGUGGGCCUGGUAAAGGCCGAAGGGUUUGCCGACAGGGACGAGUUUGUCAACGCCAACUCGGACAGUUCAAACUACAAUCUUCCCCAACUGCCAGCAUUGUAUCAGAUCUCGCCCACGGCCGUAAAGGGCAUAUACCUCGUCCGCUACGGUUCAUACGGUUACAUGAAUGAGCAAGACAUAAAGAGCGACAUUGUCGCCACAGUCGAACGCGUGCGCCUUGCCGUCCUACCCAGCACGGCUGGUCUGCCUCCAGUGACCUUGCUGGCAUACUCCAGCCAUUAUCCCUUCAGUUUGUACGUCAGUCCCUCUGACAUAUCGGGCGGCUUCUACAACCGUCUCGAUGGACUGCAGGGCCACAGAGACACGUGGUACACGGGCGCUGCCUUUAGCUCUCAUACGGCCGCGCACGUGUGGAGUUUUACUGAACGUCUUCUCCCUCGCCUGUUUCCGGAAUCGAACAUGACGAGGAUGUAUUGA